AUGAGUGCAUUGGAUGCGAAACAGUUUGUUACACAGUUUGGACCUGGAGUAGAUAAGCCCGAAAUUUUAGCCAUUUUACUCAACUUAACCAAAAUCCAUGCUAUUAACGUAGAAGAUCUAUACAUCAAGUGGGAACAGUUUUCCAAUUCAAAGCAUGAAACUCAAACUGAAUUCACAAUAAAAAAUUUGGAUCAAUUUAAGCAAUUCUUACAACAUCAAAUGGAAAAGCAAGCCAAUGCAAUGUCAAUGAACAGUGCCUCAUCAAAUCCAUCUUCAAAUCGUAAGAAACUCAAAGCUUUAAGACCUUCGAAUUUAAGUCCAUCAAUAUUUGGAAUGGGGCUGAGCAGCAGUCCCCGGACUCCAACUUUAAAGAAACGUAAGCUUGGCAUUACAAGUAGUGUAACAAGUAGUACUGAGAAGAGUAAUUUGAAACUAGAAUUCAAGGACGAACCAACUGCUGCCAUCAAGUCAGAAAUCCAUGAGGAAGAAGUGCCUUCUCGUGACUCACUUGACAACUCUACUGAAUCGAUUGCAAAUGUUUCAGUUAAAACUGAAACCCCUGUACAUAUGAAACAAAGUGUUGAAGCAGGUAAGAUUUUAAAUUCUCUUAAUCCCGAGAAUAUGGAAGUAUCAAGUGGUCUCGAUCUUAAUGCUCAAGAUGGAAAGAAGAUUAGGAUUUCUCCAUUUUACGAUCAUAAAAAAUAUAAAUUUAGGACUAUGAGACAAAACUUGCUGGAUGCAUCCGACGUUCUCGAUGAACAAAUUGAAAUAUUUUCUAAGAUAAUCCAGAAACAUUUUAAUUUAUCACCAUCUCAGUUUAGCGAUCCAACCAUACAAUCACAAUCCGAAAUAUACGCGGUUGGUAGAGUUGUACCAGAUAGUCCCAAUGCAGAAGGCCGUUUGAAUACUGAAUCGUUAGCGUUGGAGACUUCACGGGUUAUGGGUAUCGGUCGAAGAGUAAGACUCGAUUUAAAGAAAGUUGAAGAACUAUCAAUGUUUAGUGGCCAGAUUGUAGCUUUGAAAGGUAAAAAUGCUAAUGGUGAAUAUUUCCUUGUUGAUGAAAUACUUCCUCUACCAUAUCCUGACGCACCAGUUUCUACAGAGGAGGAGAUAAGUGAGUCCCAGGAAAGCUUAGAAGCGGAAUCUAUGAAAGUGAUAAUCACAAGUGGUCCAUACUUUGCAGAGGAUAGUAUAAAUACAGAUCUUUUACUUGACUUUGUUAAUCGGCUUAACAAUGAUAUCAAACCACAUGUUCUGAUAAUGUUUGGCCCGUUUAUUGAUGUUACAAAUCCUCUCAUAGCUAAAGGAAGCAUCCCAAGCUUUCCUAAUUUAAAGAUUCAACCAAAAACAUUAGAUGAAAUUUUUAUAAAGGUUAUUACGCCAAUUUUAAGAACAAUCAACCCACUUAUUCAGGUGAUUUUAAUCCCAUGCACAAGAGAUGCAAUAUCUAAGCAUGCCUCAUACCCGCAGGAUUCAUUCGACAGAAAGUAUUUGCAAUUACCAAAGAAUUUCAAGUGCUUCAGCAAUCCAUCUACAUUUCAAUUGAAUGAAGCAUUCUUUGGUUGUUCAAAUAUUGACAUAUUUAAAGAUCUUGUGGAGACAACGAAGGGUGGAUUAACUUUUAGUAGAGAUAGAUUUGACAGGAUUUCUGAACAUAUAUUACAACAGCGUAGAUAUUAUCCACUUUUUCCAGGGAAAACUAGAGAAAUUCUUGCAUCAAAAGAAAAAAAAAUCUACAAACACAUCGCUGGUGCAGAUUUAGAGAUCCCUUAUUUGGGUUUAACAGAAUUUGUUGGCAAUGUUGCCCCAGACGUCAUGAUUUUCCCUAGUGAGCUCCCAUGUUUCGCAAGGGUUGUUCAAAAUGUAGUUAUAAUAAACCCUGGAAGAUUCAUAAAACAUAAAGGUGGGAGGGGAACAUUUGCACAACUUUCCAUUGCUAAACCAGAUUUGAAUGAUGGGAGGUUGACAAAAGUGGAUAACGAUGAGCCAGUAUAUCUUCAUAAUGUCUGGAAAAGAGCAAGAAUAGACCUAAGUACAUAA